AUGGGCCAAUCAUGGGAGCUCUUUAAUGUCGAUGCAAGGCGCAACUUUCGUGACAUUUCUUGUGCCAAGGUAGAAGGGGUGUUGUUCUAUGCAGAGCCAAAUGGUCUUGUCUCGAUGCUAGCCAUUCCUCGAAAGCCUAAGCCAUACCGGUUGUCGAGGCAACGACGGAGCUCGGAACCGCGAGACCUCGGCGCACUGGAUGUACCGCUUGAGAUACUCCAGCUCAUCAUAGACAACAUCGACCUCGACAACAUCGUGGAUGUAGCGUCUCUCGCGCUCACGAAUACCCUCCUACGGACCAUCUGCGAGAAGCGCAUCUACAAAGCAAUGCUUCUCUAUCAUGGCACUUGGUCGUCCCAGCGUCUCGUUUACGUUGGCCAAUACCUCGAUGGCGACGACCUUCCACCGGGAAUGUUGCAGGAACAUGAGAAGAGAGAACUCAGCGGGAAUAAACUUGACCCCAACGAUUGUGACAUCCGUGUAUCGCGCUUUUUCGCUGCGGCCUACGACGCUAAGGGUGCGUACUUCAAAAAGUCGCGUUGGCCGGCUCAGUUCCGCCGGUUGCAUUACGCCUCGAAUCAAGUCUCCCCCGAGGAUCUCAUUGAAUUGGACAAGAUGAUCGCGCCGGAUUAUUCCUGGGAUGGCAAACCGGAGACGGAGUGGGUCUUAUGCAACUUCACGACGGCAGAGUUCGUGCGCACGAGCGCUAUUGCGAAAAUUACCGGCUCGGCCUGCAACGGUCCUUUCACCAAUGAAAACCUCGGCCUCGGUCAUGCUCUUCUAACGCAAAUUGGCUGUAAUCUAUCCAACAAUCUGCGCUGUGACGGGAUGUGGCACCAUGGGCGCUGGGCAGGACACCGCUUCGCUAUCACGACCGUGGAUCGGUUGCAGGAGCACUCUGUUUUCAGGGACAAGGAAUUGGUCGACGUCUCGAACGAAGUCGUGGAGGACGUGCUAAAUAUCUGGAGAUGCGAAUUUCCUGAAAUUUUGGCUCCGGAGUUCAGUCAGGCUCAAACCUAG